AUGAAUGAAAAUUGUACAGCCGUGACAGUGGCUCUGGAAGAAAAUAUUCCAUUUAUAGUGCUGGAUAUAUUCCUUGGAAUUUUCAUCUGCUCUGGAAAUAUCUUGACCAUUAUAGCGGUAUGGAGAACUCCUAUAUUAAGAACUGUACCCAAUAUGUAUGUUGUUUCUCUUGCUGUAGCAGAUCUAAUGGUUGGUGGUUUGGCAGUUCCUUCACAAAUGACCUUCUUCAUCCCUUCAUUGCGCGAACUGCAUGAUCUUAACAAAACAUUCUGUCUUUUUACACAUGCGACAUAUUUGUUUUUGGCAACGACAUCAAUAUACAGCAUGGGUCUUAUUUCACUUGAUAGGGCUUUUUAUAUUGGAUACCCUUUACGGUAUCAACGACUAGUAACAGCUAACAAAGCUAAAUGUAUUAUUGCCUGUACAUGGAUUGUAUCUUUAGUAGUGAAUACAGUACCAGCCUAUUAUAAUAAUUGGAAAUCUUGUGGAGAUUGCAAUCUCUUUAAAGUAAUGCCAGCAAUGUACCAAAUAUGUGUUCAGAUAGGAAUGAUAGUCGUGGUUUGUAUAAUUACUGCUACUUCUUAUGGAUUCAUCUUUAAAAUAGCCAGAAGUAAACAUGUCCGCGAUCGACAGCCAGCUUCUUCUCGUUUUCAAGCUGAUAUGAAAUUAGUAAAAACAUUCUUCAUGGUGUUUGGAUUGUUUAUGGUUUGCUGGAUUCCUUUACUGAUACAAGUCAUUCUGGGCCAUUUGACGGGGAUCAUCAUUAGACGUAUAUUUUUUAGUGCAUUAUUUCUUUCAAAUUUAAACUCGGGAAUGAACUUUUUUGUUUACACUGUUAAAGAUAGUUGCUUUAGAAGAGCAAUCGCUAAACUGAUAUGUCGCAAUAAACAGAAGAUUGAAGUGGCUGGCUUCACAUAA